AUGCUGUAGAAGGUUCUGCACCAGAGACGCACCUUCAAACGAAGGGCAAAAUGGGCGGAGCCAUUGCCAGCUCCCUGCCCUUGUGGCAGCCAGGCCCUGGGGGGCCCAGGAGCAGCCCAGUGCAGUUACCUGCUCUGCGCAUAAAUGCAGGGAGGGGCUGGCACGUGCACUACUGCCCCCGCACGUGCACGCGUGUUAGUACCGCAGUAGUGUGCUCGACCCACUCCGUUACACACACACUGCUGGGGCACUGGUGACUCGGGGGGGGGAGGAGUUGCUUGUGCUAAGAGCCAACCCCGAAGGACAAGGAGCCAGCAGACAGGCAGGCCGAGUGUAGGACAGAGGCAGACUGGAGCGAAUUAGGCACAGCAUGAGGGAUCCUGGGGGCGUGGGUGCUGGGUUAUGUUUGGGUUUUUAUAAAUUUCAUUUCCUGGCUGUGUUUUGCUGAUUGCUGCUCCUGUACAUCCCUAUACCUGCCCGUCAUGGAUACGCUCUAUGGUCAAGCAGUUUCCUUUCUGGGAAUUACAGUAAUAAAAGGGUAUUUGUCCCAAAAGAGCAAAGGUCAGAGAGACACUUACAUCAGCAGUGCCACGAACAAGCUGCCUUUGUUCACUAAUAAAUCCACUGACCACUUGGAAUCCAUCAAGCUGCAUGUCAGCGGCUGUCAAUUAACAUGACUGACAGGAAGCCCUGCUCUGCAGUGUCUGCCCCAUGUCAGACACCAUUUAUAACCCUCCCCUGGCUACACAACCACGCUGCAGGGGAAUGUGGGUGUAAAUGUAAUUUGUACCAAACAACACUGGGAGCAGUGAGCAUCAGCUCACUGCAUUAGAGCAAAGGGACUGCCAGGGGCCUUAAGCACAGCUCUCCAUUGGUUGUGAGGGCUGUCAGUCAAUAUAACUGACAGGCAGCCGUCCUGGAACAGCCCAUUAAUAGGAGCAAGUGGGCAAACCACCUAACCAGUUUUAAGUGGGAUCCUGGCGUGCCGAUGGAUGGGAUGGGACGGGACGGCCUGACCGCAGGGCCUGGACUCCCUGACCUAGGCAAUCCCUUCCCCUUCUACGGUCCGAGCCCCCACACUCAUUGUGUUCUGACGGCCCGUCUCCUGUCACCUUUAUACGAUUCCGUAUUUUAACAACUGUACCCGUGAGCACGUCCGAGAGCGAGCGACUGCCCCAGCCCCCCCAGCCGGCAGGCCCCACAUGGGAGAGAAUAAACCUGUGCCUGCCAGGCUGCCCCUCCUGGGGGGUCUCUUCCCAACUACUCCCAUCUCCCCUCUCCGGGUCCCUGUGCUAACCUAGAAACCUGCUGUGCUGGGGAGCUGCGAGUGCUGCUGGCGGAGGGGUGACGUGUGGGUGAGGCCCAAGGAGCAAUAUCCCCCCCCUUCACCUGCAUGGCCUCCACUAUCUGCACCUUCUGCUCAGCACCCUGCUGUCCGCAUGGCGCUGCCCGUUCCAACCCCGGCGACAGCUCAGUCAGCCACACCUGCCUUCAGCUUCUUGUGUGAGCAGCUGCUCCGAGGCCUUUUCCUUUGCAGGCCAGGAGGCCGGGCUCUGCACUGCUUCCUCUUGCGGGGAGAGGAUGGAGAGGGUCACUGUGGUCUGGAGAGAAGCAAAGACACCAGUGACCCCAUCUGUCAGAGCAUCAGUCCAGAGGUAAACCGAUCGCCAUCUCGCUGCAGCGGGCUGAAUCGCUCCGAAUCCCCAAACCGGGAACGCAACGACUACGGGGGCAGCAGCACCCAGCUCUACAAUAGCAGCAACAACAUCUACACACCCGACUACUCCGUGCACAUCCUCUGCGACGUGCAGUUCGUCAAGAUCACCCGGCAGCAGUACCAGAACGCACUGGCCGCCAGCCGCAUGGACAGCUCACCCCAGUCCCCCGACAUGGAGGCGUUCAAUGAUGGCAACUCCACCAAGGCCCCGACGGCCCGGGGGACCCCACAGACCCCGAAGGAGGACCCCACUCCCACCCUCCUGAAUGAGAGGAACAGCAUCAUUUGGAUGGGGGUGUCUCCCACAGGCAGCCGGUCAGACGGGCUCCGCAGCCCCAACAACUCCAUGUUCCUCCGCGUGGAGGGAAUCCCCUUCAUCAGGGAGGAACUGGCAGACAACGAGGAGAACAGCAAGCGGCAGGCCAGCGAAUGCUGUGACAUCCCCCUGGAGCCAGAGAGCCCGAACAGAGAGACAGCGAGCGGCACCGAGGAGACCCUGGGCAAGAAGCUGCUGAGGACACUGAGUGGGCGGAAGAGGAGGCAGUCCCCAGAUGGCGAGACGCCGCCGGAGGAGAAUUCCAACCGAGCGCCGUUAAUCACCUGAGCGGCAGCGUGGCUGGAGCGCGGCGCUGGAGUCCCAUGUAGCCUGGAGGUCUGCAGCAUGAGAGCCUCCUGCGCGCGUCGUGUGCGACAGCAGCGGGUCUGCACGCCGCUGCCUGCCCACCCAACACCUGCCCUCCCUCAAGGACGUGCGUAGAGCCCCAGGCGAGAAAGGCAAGGCCCCCAGCUGGGACUGAAGCAGAGGCGGCAGCCCUGGACUUGCCAGGAAGCCGGGGCACGUGGCCGGCUGCUGCCCUGCUGCCAGGCGUUCCAUCUCACCGAGGAGAAGAAGAGAAAAGUGGCAGUGCCUGGGGCGUGGUUCCCCUGCGGCAAGAAGCAGGGAGAGGCAGCCCAGCUCAGGCUGCCCAGAGCAUCAUUUCAUACUUAACAGCAGCUCCCAGCCCCUUUUGAGUCAGGGCCCCAUAGCGCUGGGCGCUGCAGCCAUAACGAGAUGUGGUCCUGCCCCAAGGAGCGCCAUGCUCUGGGCAGUGCCCAUCCCCUCCCACCACACACAGUGGGACACUCAGGAGACCCUGCACAUUUGUGCAGUGACAGUCAAAACCUGCCCUGGCACUUCAGUCUGUCCCCCCCGGGAGCAGUGAACUGCCCAUCCCACAGGCACUGGCCAGGUGUGGGCCUCAGGCCCCGCCCAGCACCAAGUAUAUCCCUCCCCCCACCUGGGGAAAGGGACGCUCAGAGCUGCGCUUCAACCACCAUGGCCCUGCGACAGGCCUCAGCUCAGAGCCACAUGUUGGCAUCAGAAUGUUACAGAGAGUUUUAAAUCGCAGCUGUGGAGGCUGAAUGCAAUGUAGAUCCUUUACAUUAAAAGCCAUCCC